AUGGGUGCCGCCGACAGAUUACAACAAAUCUCCAACCAGGUUGCUGGCUCAAAGUCAGCAAAGGAGCGCCUUUUGAUCAAGAGCCCUGAUGAUAUUGUCGUAACGGCAUGUCUUCGUACCGCAUUCACAAAGGGCGGCAAGGGUGGCUUCAAGGACACGGCAGCAGCUGAUUUGAUGGCCGGCGCCCUCAAGGGCCUGAUUGAGCGGUCCAAGAUUGACCCGUCGCUCGUCGAGGAUGUCUGCGUCGGUGAGGUGCUGGCCCCCGGAGGCGGUGCCACCGAGAUGCGCGCAGCUGCCCUCGUCGCCGGCUUCCCCGAGACCACGGCCGUCCGCACCCUCAACCGUCAGUGCUCGAGCGGUCUGCAGGCCUGCAUUGAUGUCGCCAACCAGAUCAAGAGCGGCAUGAUUGAGAUUGGUGUCGGUGCCGGUGUCGAGAGCAUGAGCACACAGUACGGUCCUGCUGCCGUAAGCGAGUUCUCCGAGCUCCUCGAGUCGCACCCCGAGUCGGCCAACUGCAAGGUGCCCAUGGGCGUGCUGUCGGAGCAAAUGGCGGCAGACCGCAACAUUAGCCGCGCAGACCAAGACGCAUUCGCGGCAUCGUCGUACUACAAGGCCACCAAGGCCCAGGAGGCCGGCCUGUUUGACGAGGAGAUCCACCCGCUGACGGUCCAAGUAGAGGACCCCAAGUCGGGCGAGACCAAGACGGUAACCAUUUCCAAGGAUGACGGCGUGCGCGCCGGUGUGACCAAGGAGUCGCUCGGCAAGAUGAAGGGCGCCUUUGCCAAGGGCGGCUCCAUCCACGCCGGUAACGCCUCGCAAAUCUCGGACGGCGCCGCUGCUGUGCUCAUGAUGAAGCGCUCCACGGCCGAGCGUCUCGGUCAGACCAUUUUGGGCAAGUACGUCGCCGCCUCUAUUGUCGGCGUCAAGCCCUUGCUCAUGGGUAUCGGCCCCUGGAAGGCCAUCCCUGCCGUCUUUGAAAAGGCGGGCAUCACCAAGGACGAUGUGGACAUUUUCGAGAUCAACGAGGCCUUUGCCAGCCAGUGCCUGUGGUGCGCCAAUGAGCUCGGCCUCGACAUGGCCAAGAUCAACCCCAAGGGUGGUGCCAUUGCUUUUGGCCACCCUCUUGGUUGCACCGGUGCCCGACAGGUCAGCACAUUGCUCUACGAGCUGAGGAGGCGUGGAGAAAAGGUUGGUGUCACGAGUAUGUGUGUUGGUACUGGUAUGGGUAUGGCUGCUGUUUGGGUUGCCGAGUAG